GCUCCACGCUAUAGCAGCGAACUAGGCAGGCCAACUUGCAGAGUGCAGCUCAGCCUCGGCAGCGGCUGCUUCCCACUGGGGGUCUUCAGAGAGCAUCGCACUCCCAUGUGCGCUGCUGUGCCCGCUGGAUGUUGAAAUCGCGCCGCGCGCCUCACCAGGAGCCACCAUGUCCAAUCCGACCCACGACCCGUUCUACUCGUCUCCGUUCGGACCCUUCUACAGGAGACACUCGCCCUACAUGGUCCAGCCCGAGUAUCGGAUCUACGAGAUGAACAAGCGGCUGCAGGCGCGCACAGAGGAGAGCGACAGUUUGUGGUGGGACGCGUUCGCGACAGAGUUCUUCGAGGAGGACGCGACUCUCACGCUGUCCUUCUGCCUCGAGGACGGACCAAAGAGAUACACGAUCGGACGGACGCUGAUCCCCCGUUAUUUCAGCACAGUGUUCGAGGGCGGCGUCACCGAGCUCCACUACAUCCUCAAGCACUCCAAGGAGUCCUUCCACAACUCCUGCAUCACCCUGGACUGUGAUCAGUGCACCAUGGUCACCCAGCACGGGAAGCCAAUGUUUACAAAGGUUUGUACAGAGGGCCGUUUGAUACUGGAGUUCGCCUUUGAUGAUCUGAUGAGAAUCAAGACGUGGCACUUUACCAUCCGGCAGUACCGCGAGCUCAUCCCCCGCAGCAUCCUGGCCAUGCACGCACAAGACCCUCAGGUGCUGGAGCAACUGUCCAAAAACAUCACUCGCAUGGGUUUGACCAACUUCACCCUCAACUACCUCAGGCUGUGUGUCAUCCUGGAGCCCAUGCAGGAGCUCAUGUCCAGGCACAAGACCUACAACCUCAGCCCCCGGGACUGUCUCAAGACGUGCCUCUUCCAGAAAUGGCAGAGAAUGGUGGCGCCGCCAGCUGGACACCCGCAGAACUUCAAAACGGAAAUAUUUCCCACGAAUCACAAAAAAGCUGGUCGCGCCAAAGCUGAGCCGGCCCGACAGACCACCACCAAGAGGAGGAAACGGAAGAACUCGGCCAGCAGCGCCAACAGCAGCGUGGGCACCGCCGCCAGCAAGAAGCGCAGCCCCGCCACCAACUUCAGCCUCUCCAGUCAGGUACCUGACGUGAUGGUGGUGGGCGAGCCGACCCUGAUGGGCGGCGAGUUCGGGGACGAGGACGAGCGUCUGAUCACGCGCCUGGAGAACACGCAGUACGACGCCACCAACGGCCUGGACGACGAGGACGACUUCAACAGCUCCCCGGCUCUGGGCAACAACGCGCCCUGGAGCAGCAAGCCCCCGGCCGCCCAGGACGCCAAGCCCGAGAGCACGGCGCCCCAGCCCUCGCAGUAGAGCCCGGGACCGGGCCCGGGAACGGGACCGGGACCGGGACCAGGACCAGGACCAGGCCCAGGACCAGGACCAGACCUGUUCCCGGGACCAGGACCAGGCCAGCGAUUCCACGCCUCAUGACACUGAUCCGAAGCAAAGCCUCCAUCUGCGAACCAGUCGCUGACGUGUCCAGCCACUUUCUUCUUCUCCUCCACUGUAACAUCUUGGAGAACACUGAGAACUGGCGGCAUUGCACAGCAAUAUAUACAGACAACAAACGCAUUCAACUCGUAUGCAACUGUAAAAAAAAAAAAAAAAAAGUCAUGGGCAUCUUUUCCAAGAAUGCGGCUUAAAUUCUCCUCUUUGGACCCUCACAGUCAAAACUCUUGCCUAGUGGAGAACCAAGUGUGACUGGUUCACCUGCAGGUCAAAGGUCAACGCGUUGGCUCAAGGCGCCGAGGAGAGAAGAAGAAGAAGAAAAACAUAACGUCUCACAAGUAGCUGAUCGUGACGUAGGCAGGAUUGUUUCCAGCAGCCAACGAGCCAAUGGAAGCGUCUCGACGCGUUGGACACAAAUCAAACGUUGUCUGAGGCAAUUGCAUUUUUAUUGGGAAUUCACGCGGCCGGUGGUUUGUUUCUGGUGUUGCUGUUUAUUUCCAUUUCUAAUUAAGAGGAAAUAAAAGUUCUAUACCAUUAUGGACUCCUUUCAAAUGAGGGAAAAUCGUGUCCUAGGAUUGUUUUUUCCACAUUACCGCGGUCGUCACAGAUUGUGAUUUCAUGCAAACCAGUUUGAUUGUGUUCGUAGUCUAUUGGUAUUUUGCUUCUCUCCGAAUACUUUGCAAUCACGUCGUAAUUUUGCAGAUCAGUAUGUGAACUUAGCCGACACGCGUUGAUGCAUUAAUGUUGAUUUUUUUCCCCCUCCUCGAAAAUUGGACUUCUUUCCCUUUAACGACCUACUCCCAAACUGAUACUAAAACCUUUUCCUGCAUGAUUUUAUAGGAUUUUUAAUUUUGUUUGAUAUAUGUACUUUUUAAAAAUGCAUCAGUCUGAUUUUCCUUUGGGUUCAUCAGUUUGGGAACACUGUUAAAAGAUUUGUAGCUCUGUAAAUAGAGGAGGAAUCUAUUUUGUCCACUGUACAUCAGCCACUGAAACCAGUCUGGAUAUGGCAGCUGUUUGUUUUGUACAGGAGGUUGUGAUUUCUGUCGGGUGGUUUGGAUGCACGCUGGUUUUUCUCGGUCAAACCAGACUCUCAAAAUGUUCCCCGUCCUCUCUAGCUAGUGCAGAACCAAAGCCACAGUUAAAAAACACCCACACGCUCGCAUUUCUUGUAUAUUCUGUGACAUAGAAAGAAAACAGUUUUACAUUUUAAAAAACAACUCACAGAUGAAAUCCCCUCCACCCUGCAGAAAUGGUUUAAGAUUCCUGUAUUUGUGUUAAUCUUUGAUUGAAUUGAUUCCAUGUCCCUGAUCUCUUCUGUUGGACUUUUGUUUGGAAACAGAAGAGAAGACAGCUGACAAAUGUCUUCAUACAACUGAAUCUUAUGGGUAUUUAUUUGUGCAUUUGUAAGGAAGCUAACACAUUUCUAAAUAUGUUUGAGCCUAGUAUUAUUAGACACCAUUUGUACAUUAUAUAGCAGAGGUGUUCAGUGUCAUAUCUGAUGUCUGGUAUGUAUGCUUUACCAUUAUGUGUGCCAAUAAACCGUGCUUACAAAGGA